AUCCAGCACACAUCUGGCAACUAUCUGAAACGCCCGCACUUGCAAUUGUUUUCUUUUUCAUAAUAAUUGCAAGCGGACAAUAUUUCACAAUGAACAAGGACAACUCCAGCAUGAAAAUGGAUCCCCAGCUAGCGCUGCGCCUGCUGGCUGAUGGCGGAGUCCUGGUCAUCGCCGGUGUACCCGAGGGCACGGAAUUCGGCAUAGAUCUGUGUGCCUACACCAUUGGUCCGGAUUUCCGAGGCGUCAAGAUGAUUCCACCCGGAGUCCACUACAUAUGGUGCUCCUCCCGUGGUCCCUACGGCGAUGCAGCCCCUCGUGUUGGAUUCGUGCACUUUUUCCAUCCGAAUGAGAUUGUCGUAAGAGAAUGGGACCACGAAGUGGAGGAGCUGCGCCCUCGGAGGAUUGCCGAACCUGAAGUGGAGCGAGACCGAAUCCGCAAGAACCUAGCCCAACUGGAGCGCGUGCUGGCGCCGUACGACUAUCGUUACGUGGUUCAGUGGAAGGAACUCACCGGAAGCGUGACGGAGUCAUGCAUGAAUCGCUGUCGUCCCUCAGAAGGAACCAUCCGUACGAACAUCGAACUGCAAUCUUGCCCGGACGCAGAUCGGCCGCGGGGAGGAGCCACUAGUGGCAGCAUCAGCCGCCGGAAUGCUGCAGCUCGGCUUCUCUUGGAUGAGAGCGAACUCCUGCCGGACCUAAAACCCGUGGAAGGCACAGCUCCGCGCUUCAGUACAGUACCCCUGCGUGUUCCACAAGCUGCCCUGCCCGCUGAAGUCUCCCGCCACGCUUUGGAUUGCAUCGAUGCUGUUGACAAACUGCUUGAAGGCUUCGAAACCGCCGACGGACUCAUAGAGGAACUGCAGCUCGCCUACGCAUUUUUCCUUGUGGGCUACUCUGUGGAGUCGCUGGCCCACUGGCGCAAGCUUCUGGGCCUGCUUGCUCACUCGCAAACAGCGGUCUCAAAGCACAAGUUAACGUACAUGAAGUACAGCGAGGUUUUGGCCCACCAGCUGCCCCACCUGCCCGAGGAGCUGAUGGUGCCUGGUCCGCAUAACACCGUCUACAAAGAUGUGCGUGAACUGCUGGUAAAUCUGCAUGCGGAAGGUUUAAGUGUCAGCGCUGAGCGGCUGACCAAGCGGCUGGAAAAAAAGUUGGGAUGGGAAUUUGAGGGCCUACUGGACGAGGAUCCUGAGGACCAGCCUGUAGUCAUCGAACUACCGGAGGCCUAGAAGAAAAGCGCUAUGCUUUCCAAGUGUAAUUCAUAUAUUAUUGUAAUACAAUGGACUGAAACUGA